CUGUGUGUCGAUUUUGACAGAAACAACCAAAAUCUAGAAGAGAGAGAGAGAGAGAGAGAGAGAGAAGCUUCCAUAGAGAGAUCCGUGGAGGAGAAUUUCUAGCAGACCACCGAUCUCUUGUCCACGAAUCUCUGUCUUUGUCGGAAACUUUCGAGUUGUCUGAAUCAUAAAAAAAAAAUGGGUUUGUGGGAUGCGUUUCUCAAUUGGCUUCGCAGCCUCUUCUUCAAGCAAGAGAUGGAGCUUUCAUUGAUUGGUCUUCAAAACGCAGGAAAGACCUCACUUGUUAACGUUGUCGCUACCGGUGGAUACAGUGAAGACAUGAUUCCUACGGUUGGUUUCAACAUGAGGAAAGUAACAAAAGGGAGCGUCACCAUCAAACUCUGGGAUCUCGGUGGUCAACCUCGGUUCCGCAGCAUGUGGGAACGCUACUGCCGUUCUGUUUCCGCCAUUGUCUAUGUAGUUGAUGCUGCUGAUCCUGACAACCUUAGCGUCUCGAAAAGCGAGCUUCAUGAUUUGUUGAGCAAGACGUCGCUUAGUGGUAUCCCUCUUCUUGUCCUUGGUAACAAAAUAGACAAGCAUGGAGCUCUGUCUAAAGAUGACUUAACCGAGGAGAUGGAGCUCAAGUCGCUUGCGGAUAGAGAAGUCUGUUGCUUCAUGAUAUCUUGCAAGAACUCUACCAACAUUGACCAAGUCAUUGAUUGGCUUGUUAAGCACUCCAAGUCAGCUAGCUAAA